ACGUCAGGAUGGGAUCAGAGGACACAGGAACCGCUGCUGUGGGUCAGACCGGGCAGUGCGCUGGCGGGUUGGUGUCUGCAGCCGCAGGGCGAGGGGCGGCGGCCCAGGGACAGCCCUCAGCGCUCACCCCGCUCUGGACGGGGGCUCGGGGAACUUCCCGACCGAGGGAUACCCUGAAGUUCCCGUUCGUGUGCUCCGUGCCCUCUGUGGGGCUCUUCUUCGGGGAGCGCGCCUGCAUGCUUUUUUGCUACGGGGCAAACCAAAAUCCCGCGGCGGGGAGUCCCACAGAGCCCGCCGCCGGCAGCACGAGGCGACGAAGCCCGGCGCUCCCACACGAGCCGGCAGCGGGCGGGCCGCGGGGAGCGGGCCGGGCCGUUUUCCCACUCGCGAUCCGCGGGAGAUACCGGCCGGCUGACCGGGAGGGACGACGCGGCACAGUGAGGAGAGCGACCGCCGCGAGCGGAGGAUCGCGCCUCCGCGAGGGCGCGGCGGGCAGUUCCUUCAGGUGGGCCGGCCGGCACCUGCGGGCGGGAGGACGGACGUUUUCCCGCCGGCCGGACGGCGGGCCGCCGGCCUCGGGGCGGGAGGGACCCACCGCCCUCCACGCCUCCCUCCGGAGGAGCGGCCGUCGGCUCUCCGCCUCCUCGCCCCGCCGGUACCUGCCUUCCCUCCUCCUGCCCCCCUCAUGCAUAUGGAUGGGCGCAUGCGCGCGCGGGCGGCCUCCCCGCCUGCCGCCGUGGGCUAGAUGAAGGCGAGCGGCGGCGGCGCUGCCAGACGGGCGGCGGGCGGUGCGUGCGCUGCAUGUGCGUGUGUGUAUGUGUGUAUGUGUGCGUGGUGUGUGUGCGUGUGUGUCCCGGGGGGCGCCUCCGCCGCGCGCUGCCCGGCGACCUGAAAGCAAUAAAAGGAUCGGGAUAAUAAUCGCGAUAAUAAAAUAAAAGAGAAAAGAAAAGGCGGACGACAAAAAGAAAGGAGAAAAAAAAAAAAAAAGAAAGAGGGAGGCGA